CGAAGAACUAUAAACAAAGAGAUCCAGUAGAACAGGGUCACGGAACCGCAGCUGCCGCUGUUAAAAACAUCAGCUUGAAAGCAGGACACGUUGUUGGUCGAGCAUGCCCAGUAACACAGUUCAACUCCCGGAGGCGGACGAUACUGAACCGGACCUCCCGGUACCGCUACAGAACCUGAGCGGGAUGAGCCUCCGGGAUGAUGAGAGUCCAUCAGAACUACACGAUACCUCUCAUCUGGGUGUCCUGGGUGCGGUAUUGGACCUCCAGCCCUUAUCCCAAACUGGAUCAGAGGAGGAAAACACCACAACUAGCAAUAACAACAUCAUCAGACAUGAUACUGAUCUGGAUCAGCUGGGGGCCCGGGGACCUGGGUUCUUCCUGGACGGGCCGGGCGAGUCCCAGGGUUACCAGGUUCAUGAGAACAUGAUGAUGGCGAUGAUGAUGAUGCAGGAGGGUGAGAGGUGUGCGCUCAACACCAGGAGGAAGAGUGUGAACACAACAGAGUGUGUGAUGGUGCCCACAUCUGAGCAUGUGGCGGAAAUAGUUGGCCGACAGGGUUGCAAGAUCAAAGCUCUGAGAGCAAAGACCAACACUUACAUCAAAACCCCCGUGAGAGGAGAGGAGCCAGUGUUUGUAGUGACCGGCCGGAAGGAGGAUGUCAUUAUGGCGAAGCGAGAGAUUCUGUCCGCGGCCGAGCAUUUUUCCCUCAUCCGGGCGUCCCGGAACAAAGUGGCGCCGAACGCGGGGCACAGCAGCAUUCCUUGCCAUCCGGGACAGACCACCAUCCAGGUUCGGGUGCCGUAUCGAAUGGUAGGGCUUGUGGUGGGGCCGAAAGGAGCGACUAUCAAGAGGAUCCAGCAGCAAACCCACACCUACAUCGUCACGCCAAGCCGCGACAAAGAACCGGUGUUUGAGGUGACCGGGAUGCCGGAGAAUGUAGACCGAGCUCGGGAGGAAAUCGAAGCCCAUAUCGUGAUGCGAACUGCAGGAAGUGUGGACACCAGCGUGGAUGACGACGACUUCCACUACAACGGCACCGACGUUGGUUUCGAGUCGGGCGGCAACGGAGCCUGGCUCUCCUCCGGCGGCGUUUCAAACUUCCACAGCAAGGCCGCAGGGAAUCGUAACGACAGCUCCAGCUCGCUCGGAAGUAACUCUAGCGAGUCCCACUACAGCGGGAAAGGCAGCGCAGUGGCGGAUCUCAGUCCCGGCAGCAGUGGAGGCACAUUCUGGUUUGGCGAUUCCCAGAUGCCCUUGGGAUCCGAAGAUCCUGCGGGAUACGACGGGCUUACGAUGACGGCGCCAUCCACCAAUCCGCAGCCGACACUGUGGGGCGCGAGUUUGCCUACUACGCCGAGGCUCUCUACGUCCCUUUUGGCCCGUCUGUCUCCGUCUCUUCCGGAGGAUCAUCCGCUGGUUCGGUUGGUGCAGGAGAAUUCCCAGAGCCUCCCGGCCUUUGGUUCCGCGUUUUCUCCGUCUAGCAACAGCACGGGCUCCAGCUCUCCACCGGACGUGUGCACUCACCCAAAACACAGCCAAGUUCCAGCGUGUGUACGUUGUGGAGACAACAUGGUGGCGCUUGUACUGGGCGGACAAAACCUUGUUUGUUUGGAGUGUUCCAACUCCAUCCUGCAAAGCGCCUAGAGAGAGAGGAAAAAAUUGAGAUCGCAAGAAAUUUUACAUUGAAAUACUUCUUCCUUCUUUAUUACGUUUAAAUGACUGUCCGAUGCAGGUUUCUGAUUAAUAACCACGGUUGAGUUCAUCUCAGAGAUUUGCGUUUAGCUGCUACGUCGUUCUUACGCCGAGCGGCGCUGGGGUUUAGCAGUGCUAAAUUGCUAUCUCCUGUGUUUUUUGUUGUUUUGUUUUCAAGGUUUCGACUCUGUUUACAUUUUCAUGUGCCUGAUUCCAUGACGCUGGUGGGGUGGAUUGGUGAUGUUGCUGCAAAAUGAUCUGUGGCCUUUAGUUUCUGUUUCACAACACUAGAGCCGAGCAGCAAGUGAUCAUAAAGAGCCGUCCUGAAUUUUUUGAACAUCUCCGUAAACAUUGCGAAAUUUAAGGGCAUUGCAUGUCAUCAAUAAAGGAAUUGUUCACCCAAAAAAUGAAAAUUUGCUUUAAAUCUACUCACCCUCAGCCCAUCCAAGAUGCAGAUGAGUUUGGUUCUUCAUCAGAACAGAUUUGACGAAAUUUAACAUUAGAUCAGUUGCUCACCAAUGGAGAAAAGCACUCCUGUUUUAGCCCACAGCAAUGGUUUGAAGUUAAAACGCAUUAAUGUUGGAUUUGUUUCUUACAAACACACAUCUUUUGGCUUAACGAGAUAACUGAUGGACUGGAGUGGUGUGGAUUAUUGUGAUGUUUUUAUCAGCUGUUUGGACUCUCAUUCUGACGGCACCCAUUCACUGCAGAGGAGCCAUUGCUGAGCAAGUGAUAGAAUGCGUGUACAUGUAUCUUUCCCAUGAAGAAACAAACUCAUCUACAUCUUGGAUGGCCUGACAAUUUUAGGCAAAUUUUCAAUUUUGAGUGAACUAUUCCUUUAAACGUGAGCAAAAUUAAUUGCCGUCUAAAUUGCCGAGUAAAACUUAACUGAACACAUAAACUGAAGUAAUUUUUAGAUAAAUAUAAACAUUGGUUAUGCUUGCGUUUCAAGUGAAUUUUGCAUUAAUUUUUCCAUCCACAUAUUCGUUUACCAAUUUUGGGAUAUCGUAUAUAAAAGCUGGAUGGGAAUGCCAAGAUGGCGAAU